GAGCUGCCAGAGCUGAGCAAGAUGCAGGGCCACAUGGUGGGGAAUGGGACUCCCCUGGGGCUGCUCCUGGUCUGUUUUCACCUCUCAGGCCUCCUCGCUUGGAGCAUCAGUGCAGUGGAGGAGAAAGUUCCUCACGGCCUGGGGACCAGCUUGCCUCUGCUUGGACAACCUUCCCCGGCUGGUCACUCCAACUCUAAACAUCCUCAGCUAGAACCAGACACUGGGUCUAACAACUUAGUAAGGGUUCCUCUGAAGCCCAGUGUUUCUCCAUCAGACGGCUCCCAACCUGCAGGAGGUUCUGGGGUUCAGAGGUGGCCCCCAUCUGGGGGGCUGCCCUCUGUGGAUUCCUGGCCCUCUGAGGAUCCUUGGCAGGUGAUGCCCGCUGCAGUUGAGGACCACAUGGAAGAAGGGCUGCCUGAAGAGCCGUCUUUCCUUUCUGGUGGUGUCACCCUCCCUCUGGGCAGUGGUCCUUGGCCUGCAGGACACUUUGCAUACUCCGCAGGCCCCUCACCUGAGGCUUUACUCCCUGAUCAGGACUCUGAGUCUAGACGGCCACCCCGUUCUAAGGUGCUGAGAGCCCAGAGGCUAAUCCUUGCCCACCAUCCACCCUGGUCUCUCGUCAGCAGGAUUCGACGGCCGCUUCUGCCUGGUCACCCCUGGGAGACCCUGAAUCCUGGCAUGUCCUGGGGAGGUGGAGGUCCUGGCAUGGGAUGGGGAACAAGGCCCAUGUCACACCCUGGGGAAAUCUGGGGUAUCAAUAAUCAAUACCCAAGUUCUGGCUGGGGGAAUAUUAAUGGGUAUCCAGGAGGCAGCUGGAGCAAUAUUCAUCUACACCCAGGUAUUAAUAAUCAGUUUCCUCCUGGAGUUCUCUAUCCUCCUGGCUCUUCCUGGAACAUUCCAGCUGGCUUCCCCAAUCCUCAAAACCCUGGGUCACAGUGGGGUUAGGAAAAUGACAGAGGAGGAAAACCCUAAACUGGAGGUUAGAGAAGGGAAUCCUGCUCCCUCCACUUGUCAUGUGAGCUAAAUCAAGAUUUUAUCAGUGUGUUUUCUAGCAUCAUCUCCACGUUUCACUGCUCAGGCCCAUUUCCAAUACAACACACACAGUUGCUGAA